AUGGCUUGCUGGAAAAACAGCAUCAACUACCCCGACUCCAGGUACCCCAAUGUCCGUGAAGGCUCAUCCCCGUCGACUACGAAGCCUGUCACGACCAAGCCUACCACCACCAAAGCGACCACCACCACCGCCCAGCCUGUGACUACCAAGGCCACACCAAGCCUUACUGCCACCCCCCUUACUUCGAGCCCAAUGAACUCCAUGGCCACACUUAGCCAUACCACGUCAUCGGCUACGCCUAUCACGUCGACCCCUAAUCCCCCUAACCCCACCACCACCAAGGCUACGAUUCCCGUGACUUCGACCAAGGGCCCUGUGACUGUUGUGUCUGCCGGUCCUGAACUGGUAGUGACUCCUUUAGAACUCGAUGCACCGGGUUCAAAGGUAAAAGAAGACUGA